ACCAGCGAGUUGAAACUAGUUUAGAGAAAAAAAAAAGUUAUAGCUAAAAUGGCCAAACACCAAAUUUUCUUCAUUUUGUUUAUCACGUUUGUUGCUAUUUUUUUAGCAGAAACAUAUGAAAGUAAAGAGGUUGAAGGAAAUUUGGAUGCCCAGGGAUGGAAAAAUGCACGUGCUACAUUUUAUGGUGACAUGGGGGGUAAUGAAACCAUGCAUAAGUUUUCAUUGUACCUUAGUUCCUUAUGUAUGUUGUUGAGAUAGUUAUCAUGGUGUCGAGACUCCAGACAGAGAAGCUAGAAAUUAUAUUUUUUGAGAAAAUAUUUGAGAUUGAAUAUUUAUAUAUGCAUAUAUACAGAUUUUCUAUUAAAGUUGUUCAAUUGACUACCUUUCCUUCUAUGUGGCGACAACAUGAUGUUAAGAUAUGUUACAACGCGAUGUUGAGAUAUGUUGCAACAUAUAAGACAAAAAAUGAAUUUUCCAUCACAUUUCGCCUACUGUAGGCUUCCUCUAUCCAGAUUUAGGAUUGACAAUCUAAUUAAACUCACUAACAAAGUAAAUUAUUUUAUUUUCAUUUACUUUUUCUUUUGUACGCCCUUCAUUUUAAUAUAAACAAAUUUCUAGCACUUUUUUUAUGGUCCAAAAUGAAAAAAAUUUCAAAGGCCAAAGAUGUAUUUUUUCCAUAAUGUGUGAGUCAAGGGUACUUUGGAAAUAAUCUCUCUACCUUCACAAGAUAAGGUAAGAUCUACGUGCAUUCUACCCUCCCAGAAACCCGCUUGUGGGAUUCCACCGGGUAUGUUGUUGUUGUUGAUGAUGCUUUUUCAUAACAUAGAUAUUAACGUUAUAACAAAUUUAUUUGAAUACUAUAUUGCAGAAGGAGCUUGUGGUUAUGGAAACUUAUUCAAGCAAGGGUAUGGCCUGGAAACAGCGGCACUAAGCACAGCACUCUUUAACAAUGGAUCUACCUGUGGAGCUUGCUUUCAAAUAAAGUGUGUCAAUGCUCCUAAAGCAUGCCAUCCAGACCAAGUCAUAACUAUAACUGCCACCAAUUUCUGCCCUCCAAAUUACACAAAAACUCAUGACGUUUGGUGCAAUCCUCCACAACAACACUUUGAUCUGUCAUUGCCUAUGUUCUUAAAGAUUGCCGAGUACAAAGCAGGGGUUGUCCCUGUUGUUUACAGAAGAGUCACUUGCCACAAAAAAGGAGGUCUCAAGUUUGAGAUCAAAGGGAAUUCUAAUUGGAUUCUUGUUCUUGUUUUCAAUGUGGGAGGUGUUGGAGAUGUUGUCAGUGUCAAAAUCAAAGGAUCUAAGACUGGAUGGGCACAGAUGUCGCGGAAUUGGGGACAAAAUUGGCAGAUUUCUCAGCAGUUAGCAGGACAAAGCUUGUCUUUCCAAGUACAAACUAGCGAUGGCAAAUGGGUUCAAUCUGAUAAUGUUGCUCCUGCUAACUGGCGAUUUGGUCAGACAUUUGAAGCGAAGAAUAAUUUUUAGCAAUUGUAUUUUGGAAAAUGAGUAGUUUUCAAUAAAUAUAAUUUAUGAUCUUUUCUAGAAGAUAUUUUUGUUUUCGAAUAAGUUCUCUAUUUUUGAGUGGCCAUUGAACAAGGAAGGAACAUACGAAGAAGCUAAAGGUGUGGUCUAGCGGUAAAUGAAGCACGAGAACAAAAUUCACAUCAUCUUGGUAUGACAGAGAAAUAGGAAAACUACUUUUCUGACUCUAACUACUAUAUCAUCUAUGGAUCUUCAUACAACCCUAGUCGUUCAGUAAAUACGAACUCAUUAUAUUCAGCCACUUGAAAUUUCUAUCGAUUUGAGCUUUCCUAAUACUUUGAAAUAACAGCUUUAGAGC